AUGACCGAAUUUCGAGUGCCCAUGCACCAAGGUCCCCCUCCCCGGAAACCUAUACACAACGCCCAACAUGGCUUCCCUUAUCAGCCUUACGACGCUCCUCGAAACCUUGCGCCUCAUUCGGCUAUGCCCUUAAACAACCACAGCCGCACUCGCACCACUUCCUCUAACGUGCUCCCCUACGGAUCAGCCUCCCACCAACAUUAUCAUCAGGCGCCCCCAGGCAUGCCCCUCCAUGCUAUGCCUCCCCCGGCCGGUUUCCCACCUUCACGGCGGCUUUCCAGCACCACUACAUCGACUACCUCAACCGGAAAUCACAUGCCGCACACAGACCCGAAUAUUCGGCGGAGCGCCUCCAACCGUUCAGCGAGUUCGCAACUAGGCUAUGUGGCUCUCAUGCGGCGACAAAAAGCAACCGUCUGGUGCGAUCGGGCGCAAUCCGAAGACGCUCGAAUGCGCGAGGCAGCGCUGCGGGACAAGAGAAGAGCGUAUCUUGAGGUCCAUGGCGCAGGCGCUGGCCGUUCAGGCGGUUCUAGCGGCAAAAUUCGACACGGAGGCAAAGCGGGGCUGGAUUUCUCGCCAUCUAAUUUGGUUAGCGCCAAAGUACCUGUUCGACUCAGUGCAAACGAGAUAGGCGACGCCGACGACGACGCUAGCAGCGAGGGUGGUAUCAUUCACCGCAGGACUGGCAGUGGUCGCAGCUCACUUGGAAGUAACCGAUACCCCAGUGGCUACCAGCGGCAACAGGGUACUAUGGGAAGCAAUAGCACACCUCCCAAUGAGAAGACUGAUCUACCGGAUGUCUCUGAAAACACCCCUGCUGAGAUUCAGGAAGAGGAGAAGAGCCGAUUGUCAUCACUUGUCAAGGAUGAUGCUGCAACGACACAUAGCAGUGAACAGGACGACAUGGUUGGUGAUAUGGAGGCCCCCAGUGCAGCUGUUGCGGCAACCCAAAAGAUCCACAAGGCCGAUGAGCUACGGCGACGAGGUAGUGUCGAUGAGCGGACUACUUCCAUGACCAACGUGCGACUCUUCGUGGCCAACCCUGAUCUUAGUGAUUAG